AUGCCAGGAAAUAGUAACAACGGAACAAACCAAACCAAUGCCAUCGAUGCUGCUGCCACCAAUAAUAAUGAAGGCAGUACUUCCACAACAACAAAGAAACGACCCCGCGAGCAAGAUCUGUUGAAUGGUUUGAAGCGCUUGGACGACGAGUAUCAAGAACUGUGGAAACAGCAGCGUGUGUUGGUUCAGACACUGGAGCAGUUGGAAACGGAUGAACAAGCACUGAUGGAAUCAUUGGUCAAAGUAGAGCAGGCGUCCGGGCGUCCAUUGCAAAAGAACAAAGAUGCUCAAGCUCUGGAACGGCUCCAACAAGCAUUGAUGAAUGCCGCUGCAUCUUCCGAUGACGACGAUAGUGAUGAUAGCGAUGAUGACAGCGAUCUGGAAGAAGACUUGCUGCUGAUGGGUUCGAUGCAGCAAGCAACAAAAAUAUUUUAUGAUUGA